AUGGCGUCGCUGAUACAAUCGCUCCUUUUGGCCACUUCUGCGUCUUCGUUCGCCUCGGCAAACACUGUACCACAAUGCAAAGCUAAUCCCAUCGAUGGCACUUGGCCUUCAGACCAGGUACAUCUCAACCACUUCCACGCUUGCCCAUCAGCGAGCAUAGAUAUUGACACUACCGCGGGAAUGGCACCACCUCAACACCACCAUCAAUAA